CUGACGCGCCCCAGCCGCUGCAGGACUCCGGAUGGGAGAGGCGCUAUGGACGUGCAAGUGGCGCCGCGGAGAUCCUGGGACGACUUCAUUCCCGGCCACGACCGGUUCGCCGUGCCGGAUUUCAAAGACAUUUCGAAAUGGAACAACCGAGUAGUCAGCAAUUUGCUUUAUUAUCAGACCAAUUACCUGAUGGUGGCCGCUGUUGUGAUCUCCAUCGUGGGAUUCAUAAGUCCACUGAACAUGAUCCUGGGUGGUGCUGUGGUAGUCCUGGUAUUCACAGGAUUUGUGUGGGCAUCCCACAACAAAGAGUUUAUUCGCAAGUUUAAGAAGCAGUAUCCAGCCACAUUUGUCAUAGCCAUCAUUCUGUCAAGCUAUUUCCUGAUAUCCUUUUUUGGAGGUGUCAUGGUGUUCAUGUUUGGAAUCACGUUUCCUCUGCUGUUGAUGUUUAUUCAUGCUUCCUUGAGGCUUCGGAAUAUAAAGAACAAACUGGAAAAUAAGAUGGAAGUCAUAGGGCUGAAGAAGACUCCGAUGGGUAUCGUUCUGGACCUCCUUGAACAACAGGAAGAAGGCAUUAACAAGCUAGCUGACUACAUAGCUAAAGCAAAGGAAUAAGCCUGCAUGCAUGCAGCUUGGUUGAUCUUAAUAAGUCUAUGUUGGGUCUGGGGAUACACGAGAUUACAAAGAUAAAAUAUAUCACAAGCUCUUCAUGGUACUUCUGACCAGGGUGGGGAGGGGACAGUAACCUUUCCGUAACAUGCGAGAAUGCAUGGGGCACAAAUGCAUUUGGUAGUUCACAGCACUUGCUUGUUUUCAGAGAAAUAGUGGGCAGGGAUGCUUUCGUCUAAAAACCCUUUUCCUGUAUGUUUGCUUUUUUCUGAAGUGUGUAAAUAUGUGUGAUAAUGCGCUAAAUGCAAGCAGUCCCGGUUUUAACUGACUAUCCAACAAAGGCACUAUUACCUACAUCUAAAACUACCAAGGCUAAAGAAUAUUAAUUUUUUCAAUGGACCUCUUUAAUGGUCUGUGUU